AUGACGAAUCCAUCAAAUCAUGGUAGAAUAGAUACAAAAUCUAGUUGGGAUGGCACCCUUUCUUGGGAUGAAUUUUGCAUAGCUGCAAGAGCUUUCAUGGAACAAUGGAACAGAUUUAAUGCUGAUCUUCCUCCGUUUUCAUGGGUUCCGCGUCCAAACCCACCUUGGAUUCCGCCCUCUUCUCAGUCUGAAGGAUAUUUAUCGGUGGACAAUGUGCUUAUUUUCGGCAGAACUGAGGAAACUUGUAAAAAAGGAGAUGACAAGGAGGAGGAAGAGGAAGAAGAGUUUAGUUGCUGUGACAAUGAUAACGUAGUUGAUCCUGCAAUGCUUGCCCAAACUGAUGAAGUUUCAAGCCACCACUAUGACUUCAACAUUAUUUACAAUGUUUCCUAUAGAGUUCCAGUACUAUAUUUCCGUGCAUACUUGAGUGAUGGACAAGUUUUGGGUUUGGAUGAUAUCAUAAAGAGCAUCCCUUCCAGCACCAAAAGGCUUCUGAUGGAAUCAAAAUGGACGUUUAUAACUCAGGAGGAUCACCCGUAUUUGAAUAGACCAUGGUUUACAUUACAUCCUUGUGGUACUAGUGAGUGGCUGAAGAUGCUCUUUAACAGCGAUCCGGCCAGGGCUCAAGGUGGACUCUCGGUUGCCCAGUAUCUGGUGGCAUGGUUCUCUGUUGUUGGCCAACUGUUUGAUCUGAAAAUUCCCUUUGAAAUGAUGGGCUACGUUGACGAAUCAGGGAGACAACACAAGAACACCAUUACAGACAGUAGUUAG